AACUGUGGUGUCAACCACGUGUUAACGUGCAUUGCGGUCUCCCGUUAACCUCUUUGUUGGUCGCUGCGGUAACGAUAAUUUUGGUGCAAUGGCUGUGGAGCCCGUUCUCGCACGUAUAAUUGCCAGAGCCAAGCAAGCGGACGCACUGAUCGCCACACUAGUCACUCAAGUGGAGUCGCUACGUGCUGCUAGAAUCGAGCAGUAUACCCAAUCCGAGUGCGCUCGUCUGCGGCAUGAAAACGAAGCCCUUCACCGUGAAGUUCAGGUCUGGAAGGACCGGCUCGUCGCCGCUGAAAUCUGCAACGGAGCAGAGCAAGUAUCGACCUCGUAUACUGCCCCAAGUAAGCCUGAAGCUGAUAAAAUUAGUGAUCAAACGCCGGUUUCUCAACAACCGGAAGCUGGAGCCGGCGACCAAGCUAAAAAACGAGCCAACGCACCAAAGUCAGAGUCGAAGCCACCGCCAUCUAAAAAGGAGAAACCGGAACCCAAAAAGAAAGCAGACGACGCGGAUGACUCGAAGCCGGUGGAUGUCAGCCGUCUAGAUCUUCGCGUUGGUCGCAUCCUGACUGCCCACAAACAUCCAGACGCAGACGCACUUUAUGUGGAGCAGGUUGAUGUGGGUGAAGAAAAACCAAGAACCGUUGUCUCGGGUUUGGUCAGGUUCGUACCACUUGAGCAGAUGCAGAACCGCAUGGCCGUGCUCAUGUGCAACCUGAAGCCCGCCAAGAUGCGCGGCGUUACUUCUGAAGCCAUGGUGAUGUGUGCAAGCACGCCUGACAGGGUGGAGAUCUUGAAGCCGCCCCAAGAUGCUGUGCCUGGGGACAGGGUCACCUGUGUGGAAUUCCCGGGUGCUCCAGACGCUCAGCUAAACCCAAAGAAGAAGAUAUUCGAGCAAGUCGCACCAGACUUGAAGACCGAUGGAGAGAGGAGGGCUACCUACAAGGGCUGUCCUUGGGUUGUGCUCGGCAAGGAUGGCCACAUCACCUCCGAAACGCUGACAAACGUUCAGAUAAAAUAGAUUAGUGAAAACCUGCAAUGCUGUACCACAGAAUAAGAAUUGUCUCAGUUUUCA